CACCUUGGAGCGCCUCCCAAGUUCAACUUGGUCAAGGUGCACAAUGGUGUCAAUACUCCUGCUUCGGGCACUCAGGAUCCCUUCGUGUCUUCUGCUUCGCACGGUGGCGCUGCUCAGCCGCCUAUGUUUGGCUCGCAGAUCGAUACCACCCACUUGCUCGCGACUGGCCAGAUCUCUUUCCCUGCCGCUACAGGCGACACUUUGCACUUCGACAAUCUCCCUCGCGAUGAUGCUGAGCCGCCCGUCCCGAACAAUACCACCGGUCAGGUUCACCAGCCCAACUCGAACAACGGAGGACAUGCUGCCAAUGUCCCGAACAUGCCUGCUCCUGCCCAGCAGGCGGGAUUGUCCCAGCCGCAGCUUCAAGCUUUGCCUCUUGCUGAAAACAGUUUGGCAAUCGUUCCGUAUCAGAUUCCUUACCAGGCCCCCUACCAGGCCCCCUACCAGGGUACUUUUCAGGGUGGCUACCAGCUUGAGGAAGCUGUUGCGACUUACGGCGAUGUGGUGCCUGACUACAUCCGGGCUCAGCGAUCGACGCAGCUGAACCGCCUCACCGGUGGUCCCACUGGUCGACCUACCGCGAAUGAGGCCAUGCACCAAGUGAACUUCCCGUUCGUUGAAUCUCCCCCCCGCGCUUCUCACUUCAUGGUUCGCGGCGUCAUCAAGAUUGGAAAUAUUCCUUUCGUCACCAACCGCUCCGAGAUCAUUGCUAUCCUGGGUCGUAACUCCCGUAUGCUCAAUGACACGGAUGAGCCUGUUCACAUCAUCAUGGAGCGUGUCACUGGCAAGACCACUGACGCUUAUGUCGAGUUCCACACCCUUGAGGAUGCCUCCAAGGCCGUCGAGAAGCAUCAUCAGAACCUCGACCGUGGUAGAGUCACCCGCAUCGGCCAGCGCCCUGUCGAGAUUGAACUUUCUAGUCAGGCUGCUCUCAUGAAGGACCUGUUCCCCAACGCCAGGGGUGUAUUCUGGGCUGGUCUUCACCCCCACAUCCUCCCCAACAACGACGAGGAGCCUUGGGACAACUUCAAGGGUUUCGUGUCUAACGAGGAGAUGACUAUGCUCGUCAAGCAUGUCGAGGUUCCCCACCGCUCUCCCUUCUCGAAGGAGUGCCCUCAGCGUCCUUUCGAGUGCCUCAUCAGCACCCUGACCAAGUUCCCUUGGCAGAUGAAGAACCACGUCACUAUUCAGCAGCGUCAUGCCAUGUACAAGGCUACGUGCGAUCUUCUCCGCAUCCUCGUGGGCAACAUCCGCGACAAGCGUGACGAGGUCAACCUUACUCAUCGUCUAGUCAAGCGAGUCGUCGCCGCGGCGAUGCGCUGCGAGGGCUUCUCGAUUACCCAGAAGGACGACAUUGCCUUCAUUGUCGACAUGAGCGAGAUGGAGCAGCGCUCCUUUGGCCAGCCGCGCUUUGCUGAGAGCUGGCGCCACCUCUACGUGCUGGUCCCCAAGAAUGGCGUUCCCUUGGAUGUCAUCGAGUGGUACAUUGCGGUUAUCCGCGAGGAGACUACCCGCCACCUGGAGAUGCAGUCGUUCCAGGAGAAGUGCCAGACGUGCACCAUCGGCGAUGCCACCGACGGCUACUUUGGCUUCUUCUGGCGCGAGCUGAACCUGCGUGUCGGACCUGACUUCGACCGCAUGACUCUUGCAACUCUUGCCAUGCACGAGUACCAGACGCUCGAGGCGAUCAUCCGCCGCGCCCUGACUCCUGCUCUUGGUCACUAAUGUAGAGUACAACAGACCUGGGGAACAAGACGAGGCAAAAAUGGGGUGCUGAGAUGGCUUCGACGAAUGAAGUUUGCACACUGCU